AAACAAGUAGAAAUAUCAACAUGAGGAACCUCAGCAUUCUCGUUCUCUUCUUCAUCCUAACCUCAUCUUCCCACAGCUUCGACCCAUCUCCGUUCCCGAUCGUCGUCGGAGCCUGCAAGGGCGACCUCGCCGCGCUGACUCAGCAGUGCGCCACGUACGUCAAGAUCCCCGGACCGCCGGUCCCGCCGUCGGGUGCAUGUUGCAAGGCUAUACAGGGUUCUGACGUGCCUUGUAUAUGCAGGAAGUACAUCACUCCUCGGGUUGAGAAGGUUAUCAGCAUGAAGAAGCUUGUUUAUGUUGCGGCUAAGUGUGGGCGGCCUUUUGCUCAUAAGAGCAAGUGUGGGAGCUAUACUGUUCCAGCGAUGUCACCUGGGGGACAGGGAUAAGAAGCAAAGAACAAGAAGAAAGAUGACGCACAUGGACAAAUAAAUUGGAUAAUAUAGACAAUGAUGAAAUGAAUUAAAAGUGUACAUGUUAUCUUACAAAAAUCAAUCAAUAAAAAAGUUAUAUA